CCUUGUGAGGUAGCAAUUCAAGUCGACCUUUUCUCUUAUUCAGGACGUCAGACGACUGAAUCACGUAAACAUAUUUUCACAAUCUCAAGAGUGUCGUUCAAAUGAUCAUUGCACCCUAGACACAAAUAAUUCAACUGGCUUCUAUAUAGAAAGCACAACUGAUCAGGGAGGACGAACUAAUAGGUGGUAAACGAUCCGUAGGCAUAAUUAUGGAUUCCCCAUUGCCAUCAGCAACAACCUCAUCCUCCUGGACCAAUGGCUCUAUCCCACUCUACGGAGUCACACUGGCCAUCCUUCUGCUGUUCUUCCUGAAGCGCACUUCCGGCAAAACGAAAGGGCGCCCUCUUCCUGGCCCAAGAGGUCUUCCAAUCAUCGGAAGCACCCUCGAGUUCCUCUUCUCUGAACUAGACCCGAGGGAUAUCCACGAGAAAUGGGCGAAGGAAUACGGCGAUAUAUUCAUGUACAAGCUGUUCGGAUCUCGUUUUGUUUUCCUGAACAAUCCUGAAAUCGUCCGUGAAGUUUAUGCAGCAGGGAAUCAUGCCCACGACCGAAUCCCUAUCCUUCUUUGCAACAAAGCCCUUGGAAGAUCCAACACAGAUCUUGGCAUAGUAGGAUGCAAAGCCGACCGCGAUUGGAAGAACCUACGAAAGUUCGUCCAACACGUCCUGCGGAACUUUAAAAGCUACGAAUCAAGCUUUGAACCCGUUGUUGCACCACAGGCAAUGCGCCUCGUUGAGGAAUUCUCCAGUCACAAAGGCAACCCCUUUGACCCGCAGGGCAACAUCUACUCCACUGUCGCCAACAUCACCACCACUAUUGUAAUGGGGAAGACAUACGAGUACGAAGAUCAUGAGUUUGUGGCUCUGGUAAAGACGUCACAGGACAUCAUAGACUAUCUUGGUGCGAUCACGAACAACUACCACAUCCCGAUUGUUGCUUCGGUCCCUGUUAAAUCAAAUAGGGAUGGCUACCGGUCUAUUUCUAAAUUGUUCCGCUUCAUAAGGGACACGGUUGAUGAAACUCGUAGGUCUUUUGACAUCAGGAAGAAGACGACAGAAAGCGAUCAGAACAUCGUGCACUCCUUCCUAGAGCAGCAGAAACUCAGGGAGAAGGAGGGCAAGAGUCACGUCUUCACGGAUCCUAACCUCUUCCAGACUGUAUUCGAUCUCUGCUUCGCGGGAUUCGACACCGUGAGCUGCAGUUUAUGUUGGAUCAUUCGACUCCUCUCCCACCACCGGGACGUCCAGGAGAAGCUCCAAGCCGAGCUCGACGACGUCGUAGGACGUGAUCGCAUGCCACUCCUGAGCGACGGCGACGACCUCCCUUUCGUGAUGGCGACCAUUGCUGAGUGUUAUCGCAUCUCCCGGAUGAUUUCCACCCAGCUACCCCAUAUCGUUGACAGCGACUGCGAGGUCAGAGGGUACCACGUUCCAAAAGGGAGCUUCGUGUCAGUAAACGCAUCGUGGUUGACGUGCAAUGAGGCGACCUGGGAUGACCCGGAAGUGUUCCGUCCUGAGCGAUUUAUCGACGACACAGGAGCAUUCGACGUAAACCUGGAAAACAAGAUGAUGAAAUUUGGUGCCGGUCGACGGAUUUGCGUGGGAGAGCAUUUAGCCCGGACAGAGCUCUUCGUUAUCGUGACGCAUCUUCUCCAUCGCUUUAUUUACGAAGAGGUCACGCCCUUCUCCAUGGGUUGUACUGGAACCUUGGUGUUUCACCCGUUACCAUUCGAGAUCCGCGCCAUACCCCGGGGGUAGGAGGGUAAUCACAUAACGGUUGGACGGCGAGGCCACUCGACCGAUGCAGACAAGAUAUGAGGGGUUUUGCGUACACUAAGUUUAAAAGCGCUACCACGCAUUAUUGCAUAACAGGUCACACGGCCACUUCCGGUAGCUUUCUCCGUUUUCCUACUUUUUUCCUUUUUAACAUAAAUAUUUUACCAAAAAUAUCGAUUAGUAACCGUAUUUUUUCGUUUUUCUUUUAAUUUGAAUUGAAAAUAAUGUCUGCAUGUUUUUAAUUAUAUAGUUCAGAAUUUCAAUGAAAUCUAACGUUUAAAGGGUCAUUAUUUUUGAGGUAUAAAGAUAUUUUCUCAUACACUGUUUGGGCAGGGGAUGUUUCGAAACUUGUUCAUGAUUUUUUUAAAAAUCCGUAUGUAUUUUAAUAACAUUGAUAAAAUGUUGCAAUGAUAUUUUUCUGAUGUUUUAAGUUAAUGUUUGUAAAACUUUUUAAUCAUUUCUGAAACCAUACAUUUUAAUAUAAUUUUAAUAUACAUGUAAUUAAAAUGUACAUUAUAUAGUGUUCUUUACGUUUAAAGUUUUUUUUUUUAAUGUUAGGAAAAUAUCGCAAAUAUGAUUUCUUCGAAAUGUUUCAAGUGAAUGUUUUCAAAAUAUCAUUUGGUGUCAAGGUCAAGUUGAUCUUUACAACUCUAUCUUAUCAUAUUCCUAUCCUAAUUUUAAACCAAUCAUUCUACAUCGAUCCUACAUCUAUCCACUAGAAUCCUGCCAUUAAUUCCUAUUUAUGUGACGACUUGACAAAUUACGGUUAAUAACAAUUUAACCUUACAAAUUUCAUCUAUGAAUUUUCUAUUCUUAUGAAAAUGAUAUGGUAAUCAAGCUACAUACGUUAGUGAAACGUUUGAUGGUGACACAAGUAUGUAAACAUAAUCACGUUAAUCAAUGUUCUUAUGAAUAUUUAUUUUAUUUUUUUAUUUUCAGUUUUAUUUAAUCAGGGUGGCCUCAUCAGUUAACAAACUGCUGUCCUUGAGGGCCCUGAGAUAAAAAUCAAUAUGUACAAUAUUUACAAAGCAUGAAUAUAUAAAUCAAAAUGGCAUACACUAAUUCAUACGAAUAUUCAUGACUUCUAAAUCAUGUCCAGAUGACCAAACGUAUUCCCAACGUUGGCAUAAUUUUUCCCAACAUUGGCAUAAUGUUUUCCCUAAAUAAGCAUAAUAUUUUCUAACGUUGGCAUAACGAAAUUGUUUUUCAAACAACCCAGGAACAAAGUAGAUUCCAACGUUGUAUCACCGUCAUAUUUACUAUUUUCAUUCACGUUAAACUAUAUUGCAACCAGAUUUUACAGGUUGAGUCAUAUACAAACAAAAUGGAUGACAAUUAUGAUGUCAUAAAAAAACAGAAAAGGCUUUUUUCGACAUAAUUAUUUCGAACAUUUUUCCAUCAGAAUUUCCUUAUGAUUUUGUCUAAAUAUUUCAUUAUGUCCUUUCUAGAAAUUUUGAUAUAAUUUUAAUCACAUUGUAAUAAUUUUGUUUCAAAAUAUUCCGUUUUCAUCAUGUAAUCAAUAUUUUCGAAGUGAAAUUAAGAUUUUCUUGAAAAAUGUUAAUAUCAUGUUAUGAAAACAUCAAAACAGUAAACCUUCCAAUAAAUAAAUAAACAUGUUUGAAAACGCUAUACAAAUGUCAAAAUAAAAAGCUAAUUGAAAUAUUCUAAAUAUAUUGUGUGGUGACUUUUCUAGAACGUUUGACUUUGACGUCAUUACAUUUUGAUAACAUUGAAAGCAUUUUUUUUAAUAUUGAAAAAGUUUUAUUAGGUAUCUUUGAUUGCUGAAAAAAAUAUGAAAAUGUGAAAAAUUGUUUUGUUUAACAUGAACUCUUAUCUACCAUGUCUACAUGUAAAUAAGGUUUUGAAAAACGCAAUAAAAAAUAAUUUAAAAUGGUGUUCAAUAUAAUAUCUUUAAACAAUUUCUCGUGACCUUUCUAGAAAGUUUAAUGUUAUUCAUGUAAUAUUCUGAUAACAUUUUUAGAAUGUCUUGUUGAUAUUGAUAUCAUGUGUUUAGAAAUAAUUUUUAUCAACGUUUUGGGAAAAUAUUCUUUUCAAGAAUAUUUAGCAUAAAUAUUUUAAGAACAUAUUUUCAUAACUUCUACAGCCUCUAAUUUUAUUAUUACGUUUUUUUACCAAUGUUUCGAAAAUGUUUUAUGCUAAUGUCAUAAUAUUGUAUGUUUGUAUUUUUUUUAAACAUAAUUAAUAACAUUUUAAGAACGAUGUUGGUAAAAUAUAUUCUUCUGAAAUAAUGUCAUAUAAUAAAAGCAUAU